CUCCAUUUGUAAUAUACGUGAACAAAAAUAUAUAUGUGAAUAUACUGCGGUGUACUUCCGUAUAAUUGUCAUAUUUAGAUGACAAUUUAUUUGAAUUGCAAACAAAUUUCAACAAUUUAAGGAGGUUAAAACAUGGAUUCUCCUUUUUCGGAUAACAACGAGAACAUGGGCUUAUAUGCGACCGGACCUAUACGGCUAGCCUCCAAAUCACACGUUUCGCAGAGUUUUGCUGAUUCCCGCUGGAGCACACGAGUGGUAAAUGGACGCGAAGACAUUGGACGCUGCGUCCACAGCGUGUUUUGAGAGAAUGGUGUAAUGCUCGCGUGACGCCUUGCCGAUGCGCCAACACGUCAUUUACCGGUACGGACGCCGUUAUUGCCUUGCCGCGCGUCCGACGCGCGGCGGCGUCAGUGACGCAGUACUCAACAACGAAUGUGGCUAUGCACACGUGUUUUUGCGUACAUUGCAUUUAUCUGCUGCGUUGUAACCACAGUCAAGACUGAAGAUGGGUGAAAUAGACACAGAAUUGUUUAUUAACGAAAUACAAAAGUAUCCGGAAAUUUGGAAUAUUUCUAUUGAAGAACACCACGAUAAGAAUAAAAGGCAAGCAGCAUGGAGUUCCGUGUGCGAAGCAAUCUAUGAGAAUUAUAAUGAAAAAUCGGAAAUCGAGAAGGAUAAUAUGCUGAAGAAGUCUAUGACCAAGUGGAAGAAUCUCAAGGAUAAUUAUGGGAAAAGCAUUCGAAAGAGGACAAAAUCUGGCGAAGCAACAGUAUCAGGACGCCAAUAUAUUUAUGCGAAGCAGCUGUCUUUUUUGCAACACUCUACGGAUUUAGCUACUACUCAGUUAACUAUGGACAAGAAAACAUCAAGCGGGGACCUUCCGAACUCUUCUGAUGAUAAAGAAGAGCGUUUUCAAAAAGAGGCGUCCGCAACAUCCUCUGCUGCAUCUCCCAAUUCAGUAUCCACUUUUGCAUGCAGAAAGCCUACAGAGAGUAAGAAAAGUACAGCUAAACGUCGCAGACAAUUUAAAAGUGCUCUUCUCAAAUUCAUAAACACACCAAUCACCCCAGAACCGGAAGAUCAAGACCGUUCUUUCUUUGAAUGUUUGCUUCCCAUAGUUAGAAAAUUAGACGAGGAUCGAAAGCUCCAAUUUAGGAGUGAAGUAUUGAAUAUUCUUCAAAGAAUUAGGCACAGUUGUAUCACGCAUACUGCUACCAGUACAUUAUUCCCUACACAACACAGUUCUCAAUUUCAGCAGCCUUUUCCUGCCCAACAGAAUUUUCUUGUACAGCAGGCGGCUCCUUCAUCUUUUCAGCCACGUAGUAUAUAUCCUGCAUCAUGUGGUGUCGCCCCUGGCUCUCUGAACAUUUCUUUUCCGUAUUCCCCCACAGAAUCUCAUUCCAGGCACGCUUCGACUACAGCUGCAUCCUCUCCUCGGAGUUCCGAAAUUCUAUUGUCUUCAGAUGAUUCAACCCAAGAUUUUAAUGAAACAAAUGUAAGUGAAUGAAGUGACCUACUAAAAAAAUAUUUUUUAAUAUUUAUACUAGUACGUACUUUUUGCACAGUAAAUAAAUAACCUGGUUUCUACAA